GCACUCGGGUGGCUAUCAAGAGCGAUGGCGCUGCACGGGGGAGCCCUACGUCUGAACCUGCUGGUUAGCAGCCGUAAUUUGUACAAAUUCAACUCAUUAAUUGGUGUCCGGUCGUUGUCUGAAAAAGUGUCAUCCAAACCCGAGUCGUCCAGUUCCUCAGAGACCACGUCCGACCAUUUAAUCUACACGCAAGAGCACUUUGCACUGAAGGAGACCCUCAGAAAGGUAUGCAGGACUGUUAGCAUAACAUUAGCAAGCUUGACGUUAGCAUGAAAACAAAGGCAGCUCUUGCCCCGUUUAGUGAGUGACAGUUUGGGAUUUUAAUGUCCAUGUGAUUUUACAGUGAGCAUGACUAGUAUUCAAAGUUCCCCGAGUUAGAGGAGCAUGAAAGUUGAAGUGUAAAGGAAGUAGGUGAGAGGUCACAGAGCUAGCUUGUUAUGUAGUUACCCUGGAUUGAACCAUAUCAAUGUCCACAGACUGAUCAGCUUCACUAAACAGAGACUAACCACCCAAGUUUAAGGCUGGCAUCGUUGUAAAGUGGUUUGCACUGCUGAAAACGAGAGCAGAAGUAUCUGUCAACAUCAUUUAUGUGCUAAAACAGCCUGUGGUGUUUUUCAGCUCUGUUUGAUAUAAUAAACAGCCUCUAGCUUUGUGUGUGUUUGUGACCCAAACUGGUUUUAAAGAGCAAUAUUUUUAACUAAAGAUUAUUGAAGAGACUCACUGUUAAUGAGCUGAUGAGUCCUGAUGUAGGUGGAUUAACAUACACAUUGAUGUACAAAAGUUAGAUUUUUGACUGUUUGUCAAGGAAAAUGACUGAAUGAAUAAUAACUGAAUGUAAAAUCAAGCAUGAUAAAGAUGAGGACGACAAUCAAGAAAAGGUAUAUAGACCUGCUUAUCCUCUUUUUUUGUGUCUACAGUUCAUUAGGUGAGAAUAACACAGCAGCAUAAAAUCUAUCACCAACAGGUGUGAAUUCACAGACAAAGUAAUUCAUCACCACAUGUAGCUCACACAAACUGGGUCCUAUACUUCUUCCAGCGGGCAGUCAGUUUGGCAGAGGUAAUGUUCAACAGCCACUCAUUUCCUUGUCUUUGAAAUGACUGUUUAAAUCCCAACAAAAUGAUAUAAAACCAAUUUGAAAACAGUUCAGCAGAAUAUAUAAAACACAACUACACAUGGGAUCACAGAGUCUUCAGUAAGUCAAGUUAGUUUGCUGAGUGUGGAGAAGGAUAGCAGAGCUUGCACUGAAGUGAUUAUCUCCCACUUUAACAAGAAAACAGCUAAGAUACAAACUGCAAACUGCGCUGUAUUACAAGAUGCCGUCAUCCUUGCAUGUUUUAAUCCAGGUGGGUGAGCAUUAGAGUGUUAUGUCAGUUGCCAUUAACCAAAGCUACACCUCAAACUAGUCUAUAGUGGCUUAGGUACAGCUCAGACUCAAUGUAGGACCUGAAUUAGACCUAUAAUAAUGGGGCUAUUAACAAUCUAUUCAACUGAGUGGUACCAACAGGUGAGUGUGAUGACUUUUCCUCACCGGCAGUAUCACAAACAAGCUUCAUAUAUGUUACAAAAAUAUGAAAUUUAGAGUAGUUGAAGUUAAAAGUGAGUAUUUUUUUGUGGGGGGAUUACCAUAAAGUUAAAAAAUCUUUGAAGUAGUUGGGUUAUAGAUGAGAGGUUGUUUGACUUGUUCAAUUUGUUUCUGCCAAAAAAAAAGCCUGAAACUGAUUGUACAUUAUACAUCUUUAUGUUAGGGGUUCUUGAGCAUCAGACUGUUGAAUCUCUAGUGUUUCGAAGGAGAAGACUCUUGGCCCAUCGCCCAAAUAUCAUACAUUUUCCCCUAACUCCCUCUAAAGCGGCGUCUGCUUCUCCUCAUUCUCUCCUAUCAGCGGCGUUUGGCGUGUUAAGCUUUUCCCAAGUAUCAAUAGCUGUAAAUGAAUGGUGUUAGGAAAUCACUGUGCAUGUUAUCUAACAGAAUGACUCAAUCAGAAUAUUUGUUACUAGACAGACCCUGUGAAAAUAGCAAGUAUCUAAUUUAAGGCCGGGAGCAGAGGUGUUGCGGUAAAUGGUGAGGCGCUUGUCGUGUGACUAAACCUUGAAAAGGAUGCCAAGAGGAUGAAAAUAAACCAGCAAGGGGAAUAAUGGGAAGGAUGAAAAUGGGAAAAGGAAAUGCAGAACAAUAUGUUGGUAGAGCAGGAAGGAGAACUUGGGGCGGCUGGGUUUAUUAUAAGAAUCCACUGUAGAGGUGGUGUGUGUUUAUAGAAGUACACAAACGGGGUUAUAGGAAAUCCUCCAAUGAGUAUUCAAGGUUAGGUGUCCAUGGUGUUGAUGUUUCCACUACAAACUUUCGGUUAAUGGGUGGAGAAGGUGUAAAACAUAGUAGACAUUUGUUGAUGGACCCAGUUGGGUGUGUGUGUAUGUGUGUGUGGGCCUGUGUGUCUGUGUAUGUGUGUGUUUAAGUGUUGUCUAAGACAGACUGCUUCAUCCACUAAGGGUUAGUCACACUUCCGCAAACUCCCACAUGUGCAAACCUCUGAACUGCUCAAGGCUUUGUGUGUCCGUGUGUGUAUGCGUGUGUCAUGAGGUCUUUAAUUAAAACAAGGACCCUCUCCUCAUGUGCUGCCUCCCAUGGUCUCAGACUGGGAUUUCCCCUAGCACUAUUGUGAGGCAGUUUUGGCCCAACAGUGCUGGUCAGUAGUCAUUACAUCCUACCAGUAACAGAUUAGCUUUUCCUAUUUUCUGGCCCAGGGGGACGUUUGCUCUGAAAUUGAGUCAAAAGAGGCUUUUGAUAUGAAAUUUGUCUUUAAUCUGCUUAAAAGUGCCUGGAGAAUAUUUCAGUUCUCUUUAGCAUCAGUUAAUUUCAGGAUUAGUUUUCUCCUGUGGUGCCAGCAGUUUUUUUAGGCCGUUUUUGACACUGCUGCAAAAGUAGAGCAGAGAGAACGACGUUAACACAGUGAUGUACCAGAACAGGAUUACUCUGAAUGAAUGAAUGACAGCUGUUCAGUGUGUGUCAGUAAGUUUCCCUUUUAGUGGUAAAAUCUCAGCGAUUCUCAUUAACUCUGUGAACACGUAACGAUGCUUUGAUUUACUGCGGCUGAUAUUGGGUACUAGGGGCUGAUACUGAUUUUCAAGACUAUCUGGGUCUACAAGAAAACAGACCUAAAGGGAAAGACACACCAGCAGCAGCAGAGCCUAAGCACCACACUUUGUAACUAUUUAAUUUGAUUAAAGUGAUACAGAUGAUUAGCCUAAAGCUGGAUAUUGGCUCUGAUAAUCAAUUAAGGCCAAUAUAUUCACAGUAAAUCUUAAUAUUAAAGUGCAUUAACAGAAUUUAUUUAAAACACCAUCCAGUUACUGUUGGAGAUUUUUGUUUUAAUUUGUGAUGUAAAACAGCAAAAACAAUAAAACAUAGGUGAAAAACAAGACACAAUAUCACCUAGUGGAAGUGGGGGGGGCAAUAAAGAUGUGACAAAACUGAACACACCUGAGAGGUAAAUAAGGAAAUAUUCUAUCAUACAUAGUCGAGGUUAGUAUAUGUCAAAGCAUGUGUGUUUAUGUAAAACACUAGCCAGUGACUGUUGUGGAUUUGACACGUCGAUGUUUCUUUUAUUUAAUAUUUAAUUCAAAAUGCAUUUCAUCAGCCUAAUCAAUUUGACAACCAGAUCAAACUUUUUAAAAACUUUUUACUGGUUAAAAAAACUGAACUUUUGACUGAAUUUGAAAAAGUUCACUCACCAAUGUAAAGGAUACUGACAGCAUUGAUCGCUUAAAAAAAACAAAAAACAAAGGUUACAGCCCGAUGACAACAGUGAUGUACUCUGUAUUCUUAUUGACAAUUUUAAUGUUUCAAUAUUGAGCCGAGAUGGACGAACUGAGAUAUCAAAUAUCUCGCAGUGUUGCUGAUUAACCAUCAUUAGAGGCAGGGAUAUUAUCAGUAUUGGCACAUAAUAGCACAAGAAGUAAAAACUGUGUUUGCAAUGAUUAAAGGUGUCUUUGUAUCAAUAUCCGUUCUGGCCAGAUGAGACAGAAACCCAAUAUUUUGCAUCCCUGUGAACGAAAUGUUCUGACAUUAUCGUGCUUUUAGUAACCUCAUGAUUCCUGACCUUUACCUUGGACAGUGAGAAGUAAACUAAGCACAACACCACCAUUUAUGUCAGACAGAGAAGCCCAUUAUGCUGAGUGAAAUGUACAGAAACUCUAAUCCGGACGUUUUGUAAGACCUGAUAUUACGAUGUUCUUGACCCUGCCUCACUACUUGACAGUCUGGUGAUGUGAAAUAGUUCUGGUAUGCAACUCAAACUGUCUGCUGUAACCUUUGUGAAGACAUGUAGAAUCACUCCCUAGUGACCUCCUGACUUCCUUUUCCAGCAGCGUCCUCCCUCCCUCCCUCCAUCCCUCCCUUUCCCUUCCCAGGAUCCGAGCUGUGAACAGGGAUGAGUUUGAUGCAGGUGAAAGGAGACUGAUGUCUUCUGAAAUUGAAAUCUUGUCAUACUUCUGAUGGAGGAAUUGUCUGAAAACAAACUAAAUGCUGAAAACAUGGAGUGGAUGUCUUCUGUCUGCUGUGUAAACAGAUAUCUCUCAGCCCGCGUGUUUCUCUUGGCUGCUGGAACAGUUGGCUGGUUUGGGUUUGUGUGUUUUGGAAGGGCAGAUGAGUGUACAACACUUUUCACAAUCCCGUGAAUUCUUCUGCAGUAUUUUGUUUUUUCAGCUCAAACAGUAACACACAGGCUCUCUCCAACGCUGUGCUGCUUUUACUUUUACUCUGAAGUAGGCUACAUGAAAGCUUUGUCCAGAAUGGCUUAUUUCUCACAAUGCACAUUAUUGCACAUGACUUAUUUAAUACGUUUCCUUUCUGGAAGCUUUGAUUUGAUGUUUCCUAUUUCCAAUAAAUAACUCCUUUGUUUCAGUCGUUUUAUUUCAUUAGCUUUACAGUCCAUUUAGAGCCUAUUGUGCUGAGCAGAGGAACACAUUUAUGAAGACAGAUUUUCACGGGUCUGUUGAAGCUGCGCACCAUAAAAAUAUUAUGCUCCACAGAUAAGGAAGUAGAAAAUAAACCAGCCUUAGUUGUUUAUAAUAUGUUCUCCAGAACCAAUCGUUUGAAGGCAUUUCAAUUUGAAAAGCAUUCAUCAUGAAAGUCACAGCACUGCCUCUUUAUCAGGUUUAUUAAACAGCGAGAACAUCACAAAACCUUACAGUAAGUGGAGAAAACACUGUGCACUUGCGCUCGUGUUAAUGCCUGCCUGUGAGGCGGGCCCUUCAGAAAUAAAACGCCACAUUGUACAAUAACCCUCGCUUUAGAUUGACAUCCAGGUCUGAGUGGAGCGGCUUGAGUUCCCACCAAAAUAGCAUGUUUCAAUAGAUUGUUCAUUCAGGAGCACUUCUCCAGCUGCGGACCACUUCCAGGUGUUUUGAAAUGAGUCACGUCACCGAAGUUCACCCGUCUCAAAGUCUAUUUCAAAGACAGGCAACAGGCCAACUUUACUGCCUGCAGACAUUUAGGUCAUGACGCACAAAACCAGGCAGUGGUGAUAUCAGCUAGUAAAGCAUUAGACAUAGUUGAUGAGUAUGAAGAAACUUAGUCGUUAUUUUGCUCAGUCCGCUGGCGCACUGACACAUUCAUGAGACAAGUUAGCAUUUAAAAUGAGGCACUAUCAUAACUUUAUAUUGUCAGAGAUAAUUCCUCACCACAGCUGCUGUUUUAGUCUCCUCUCUUUAAAGCAUGUAAUAAAGUCAUCCUUCAUUUUUCAGCAGUUUUCUAUGUGUGGCUUUGUGGACUGGCUGCUAACCCGAGGGAAUGUCUCUAAUAUAGGUUUGAGUACCAAGCUUUAUUUUUGCAUGCUGUUCUAAAUAACACUUAUUAGAUUUUUUAUUUCUUCCUGCCAAGAAUAAAAUGUUGGAGGAAACACAGAAAGCGUAAAAACAUCGGCUUCUGAAUGGAAAGAUGUGGAAUGUCAGCAGAUUAUUUGCUACCCAACAGUUUAAAUUUGAGUUAUCAGUCUCAUCCCUCAAAAAGCCCAAAUCCCCAAAUUUGCACUUAAAGUUGUGUUGGAUGACUGCUCUGUAACAUUUUGUGGUACCAGCACUACCGCUGGAUUCUGUUAUCAUCUUGUACUUGCACUCUGAAAUAACACAGAUCGAGAAUGGGGCCCAGGCUGGAGAAAUAAGGCUUCAGGGUUAGCCUGUCUGUUGGUUUAUUCUCUUGAACGUCAAUUGUUGUGAUCACUUGGAGGGAAUUUCUUCAAAAGUUUCCGUGGACUUGUGGAAAAACUGAUAAGAAUAAGUGAGUCUGUGGAUAAAAGUCAAAUUUCUAGACCUUUUUGGCGAUAACUUGCACUUCAUAAUCCAGUUGGAACGAUACAAUAGUGUUUCAAAGUGAUGUUUUGAAACUUUAAGGUCAAGGACCAACAUCUAAUGUCCUGAGGACAUCCUUUUUAUAACAUGUUAUUCAUCACCAUGACUCAGUGAUAGUUUUUCAUAUUUGGUCUAGUGCUGAAUUGGCAGAAAUACACAAUAGGUUGCAUUUUUUUCGUCAUCGGGAUCUAAGCUUACACAGUAAUCAGUGAUCAGUGAUAGUUUUUCACGUUUGGUUUAGUGCUGAAUUGGCAGAAUUACACAAUAGGUUGCAUUUUUAUCGUCAUCGGGAUCUAAGCUUACUCAAUAAAGAGAUCGCAAAAGACUCUCUCAGUUAUAGAGUACAAGAACUGUAGCAUGCAUGUUAGCUUCGCAUUAAUGCCUUACUGUCUUAUGGAGCCCUUAAUACAUAUGCAACGCAACAGAUAAAACUAGCAUGUAAAAUUCAACAUGUUUAUUUAGCCUGUGCUACAACACAGAUUUUUCUCUAGCAGUACAGUCCUGAAUCUGUUUACCGGUAAUAUGGUGUAUUGAUCUUAUUUACUGGGUGGCUGAAGUACAGUACAAAACAUCCUCUUAUUGGAAUGUGGAGCUUUUUUUUUUUUUUUUUUUUUUGUAUAAAAAAAAGUGUUUCUUUUAUCAGUUUUUCUCUUGGGUAAAUAGAUGUGAAUUAAAUUGAAGACAGUAAAGAGAGUAUAGCUGAGAGGCAGUUAUCCUAUUUUUUGCAGUAGCUCUCAGCUUGUCAUAUUGCACAUCCUGAGCAAAGUCCUGGUUAUCAGCAGAGGCCUGAUAACAAGCACAUAUAGGAAACAACAUGCCAUGCGUACUGUCAGUGUAUUCGUCUUUGUCAUUGCUGAAGAUGCACUGUGUCUAACAUUUCCCAGCCUGCUUUCUAUUCAUUGAUAUGUAAUGCCUUAUCUGGCUGUCUGCUACAGAAUGAUUACAUAGACUCAAGCAGGGAUGUGCGCCGCACAGCAGGAAACCCAUGUGUGUAAAAUGCUCACAAUGUGUAUUUUUUUCAACUCAUCAUAAUGUAUAUCCUGCUGGUGUUAGUUAUGAGACAUGAGGCAGAGCAGGUGUUUGUCAUUAAGAUCAAACGAAAGUGUUAUCACGAUAUAAAAGUAGCAGUUUCCACAGAAACAUGGUUUCUUGCUAACUCUUUGAAGUGCAAACAUAAACAUAUAAUAUUCCUCCUGCUGUGUUUGUGCCGUAGAUCAUCGACCAGGAAAUCAACCCCUAUGUGGAUCAGUGGGAGACAGAAGGGAAGUUUCCUGCCCAUAAAAUCUUCAAGAUCUUAGGAAGUGCCGGUUUUCUUGGAGUCAAUAAACCAGUCGGUAAGAGUACGCUAGUUCAGGAUGCCCCAGACUCUUGACAAUUGACGACUGAUCACGUGUACUGACCUGUUCUGGUCGUGUUUGAGAAGAUUUUGACGCAUGUUGUUGCUUCUUAUCACCAAACUAGUCCUUCAUAUCUGGGUAUUUAUCAGACCUUUAAUCCAGCAGAGACUCUGGUCCAUUUAUAUUCUUUGGAAUUAAAGUCAGUAAUCCAUAUAACUAUGGCAACUCAUUAAUCACCUGUGUUCAGUCUACAAGAUCUAUGGUUUGCAGAUGUGCUGUUUCUGUUGCCAUUGCAGAAAUCUAGUGAUAAAUCUGUGACAUAUCUAGGAAUGGAAAAGGCAGUGGCACAACAUAAAUAUUGCUGCUAGGGAAAUCAUUUUUUAAUCCAAGAACAUGCAUAAAUAACAGUCCUGUGGAAAAAUAACUGAAGUAUGGUCAGAAUUUGCUUCAAUUGAGGCAAACUUGGAUUAAAAUUCUUGCAUUAGACCAGAAACCGAAGAAUCUCUCACUGUGUUUAAUUUGACCAUCGCUGCUUCAAAGAGCGUCUGGCACGUCUGCUCCACAGCUGAGUUAACUUUCCAUUCAUUUUUCUUUGCUUUCUGUCUGACAGCCAUACAUUACAUUUAGUCUGGUUUUCCAAAUGUUCCCACUGCGAUGAUUGGUGCCGGUGUGAAAGCAAAGUCCCACAAACAGCUGUCUGCUACAGCAUAUCCUAUUUCCAGAUGUGUCUCCAGCUGUGCCACUUCUAGGUUAGGAGGACAGAGCGGAUAUAGUGCUGUAUGACUCUGAGAAGGAAAUAUUUGUGGUCAUUAUGUGUCAUUUAAUUUAUUGCAUGAAGAGGUUUUUGGGAAGUGAUCUGAAGUUUCACAUAGAUAGUGGGAGAAAAAAAUUGACACACAAUAUUUUGUCUGGUAAUAUAUCAUGUCGUAGGCCUGGGCGAUUUGGCAAAAAAAAAAAAAAAAAUGAUGAUACAUUUUGUCAUAUCGUCCGAUCUCGAUUAUUAUCACAAUUUUUUUGUAACUGCCAAUUUUAAAGCAGCUGUACUAAAAACUAAAGAAACUAGAGAUUAGUUCAACAUUUUAUUAACAUACAAAUUAAAUAACAAAGCAAAUUAAACAAGAUAUACUUGGAAAAAUAUACUUAUUAAAAAUAUUUUAACUCAAAGGUACAACAAAUGUAGAUAAAUACUAAAUAAGACAGUGAACUACUUUACAGUCCUGAGUGUUUUUGCAGGUUUGCAAGACCCAAAAUAAACAAAUCGCCCCCUCAGAGAUAAUGAAGACGCCUUAAAAUGUAAACAUUAGAUGAUGUAAAUGUAGAUGAUACGAUUGAUUGCUGCUUUGGUCCGGUGGCUGCACUGCCAGUUGUGGCUAAACUGCUAAUGCUACUUCUGCCGUCAGCAGUGACAGGCUGUGCAAACUCUGCUCGCAUUUUCAUGCUUUCUAUGUAAUCACUCAGGAAGUACUUUUUCGAAUGAUUAAACAGAUCUAUUGUGUUCCCGGUUUUGGUGGGCGCCGAUCACCGACAUACCUUGCACAUCGGCUUAAAUGCUCGACGUCACUUUAGAGAUACCCAAAUCACCACCACACAACCGAUGUUGAAUAACUUCUCAACAAUAACAUCUUCGGAGGAUGACUCAAAGUCAUGGCUGACAUCUAUUUUGAUGCCCUCAUCUCCGUAUUUAGCUCCACAUUCUGUCAUUUUGUUUACUUCUCCUGUUUACUUCUCUGACAAUUUACAGAAGUGAGCAGGAAAGGCUCAACUCUGAUUGGCUGUUGUAACGCACACUUCCGCUAUGUUUGAUCGAGUAAAUAUGCUCACAGCUAAUCACCAUGACUGAACUGAAAGUUAUCACGAUCAUCAAUCACGAUCAUAUAAUCGCCCAGUCCUAUCGUAUCGUCUCGUUUACCAAGUAUAAAUUUUUCAAAGUAAUUGCCAAUAUGAAGUCAAAUCUAUGAUAAUAGGAAAAAAAAUCAACUGUCUAUGCAGUGAGGUUGGCAGAGCUGACAUCAUAGAGCAGGAGAAAGUUAGUGCAACAAAUAUAUAAGGUUAGCAAGAUGUGCUACAUGAAAAUAAAAUACUGUGUAAAUAAGACAAACAUAAAGGAAAGACAAAUGUUAAAUUAGCUAAACAGUUGAAAAAAUUGUAUAAAUCACAAAACAUUGUAUUGCAUUACUCCCUGUAGUGCACAAUGUUAAAAAUCACAAUAAUGUCGCAUCGUGGCCCAAGUAUCGUGAUAAUAUCGUAUCGUGGGCUCACUCGCAAUUCCCACCCCUAAUAAAUAGUUAUUUAAACAGUAAAGGAUGUAACUUCCUUUUAAGAUUACACCACUUUUGUCUUUCUUCUAUAUAGCCCUACCCGUGACAACAGAAGAAGCUGCUGCUUUGGUAUUUUCUGCUGGAAAAAACAAAACUGACAGUGUCAGACAUUGAACGGAGUGCAGAGGAUCCCAUAAUAGGUUUGCAGGUUAAAGCGGAGGGAGGUAAAGGGGAUUAAAACGUGCUGAGUAGACCAGACUUCAGCAUUAGUUGACAGGAUUAGAGAGGAGGAGCGGCUAAUACAGGCAGAGUUAUGUAGGUGUUAGAUUUCUUGCUCAUCAAACAUGCAUAAUAUAUAAUAUUUGUGGAACAGUUAUUAAAGGAACGGCGCAAAGUUUACUUUUCGAUACAAACAAAUACCAGGAUGUUGACUUGAUGUUCUUCUGCUUGCAGGUUGAAUUGAACCAAUAUGUUUGCUCUACAAUAUAACAGCCUCAAACAAAUUGGACAAAGAACGCCUCAACUAAUUCAAGAACUUCUAAUAUCAGCUUUGUCAACAAACAAUAACAGUGCAGGGAAAAUGUGGCCUCCAAUCAGGAAAUGUAUGGGCCAGUUUAUAUCGAAAGUAUCUCAAUUUGGACCGUCUCUCAGCCUGAACUAACCCUAGACAUAGGCAUGAAGUGAACUCUUGUACCUGGACAUGUCAUGCACCAACACUUGUCUGUCACAAAGGUAAAUUUCCUAGGUCAAGUCAAGAGCUGCUGCUAUGGUCAGAAUGAGAUUGCAAUCCAGUGCUUUUGGGUUAUCUUUGGAAAUUUUCUGAAUAACAGAAAAAUCAGACUCAACAGUCAGAGGCUCUAAGUGCAGCACAGAAGUAUUUUUCAUUAUUGCACAUGGCUCUGGUUUUCAGGAUUAAUAACAUACAGGGCCUCAGUUGUUCUCCAUGGGUAUCCACUGCAUUUUCAGCAGUUGCCUCUUAAGUAGCGUUCACAAAUACAUUUCAAAGACAUUGUCCUAUAACCUGCAUGCACACCAUGUCUUGACUGGACUGAUCCUGGAGAAACAAUGCAGUUCUCUCCAGAUUAGGUUGAGUUUUACACCCACAAAAACUGCAAGUAUCUGGACAACAGCAAUGCUAUUUAAAGAACAAGGGGAGCUUCUCGGAUCUUCAACCUCAAACCAAACUAAUACUGAUGGACAAUUACUGAAGAUAAAUGGAUUAGACUGAAUAGUCAGGGCUUGCUUGCGUACUUAAGUGGCCUAAGAGCUUCUGUUGAGAUUUUCAGGUAGCAAUAUGUCAUUGAUUCAGAAAAACUGCAUAUUUUUAUUAUUUUUUAUAAUUUUUUUAAUAGAUCUUAAUCACAAUUUAGUCUUUAAAUUCCUCUAUAAAAAACUAUCCAAGCAUUUAAGAAAAACAGCUCUUAAGGACUUUUUCUGAUUCGCAGAAUUCUUUUGCAUUUCGAUCAAUAUUCACCAACUAUCUGGAAAAAUCACAGCUGCAGCGAUAAAGUCUGUUUUCAGAGCACUGUGCAGUUUGAGACACUACAUGGCCCCUUUGCUGCAGUGCUGACUAAUAAAAGAGACUCUCAGAGUAUUUUGCACUCGGUUAAUUGAUUCAGAGGCUCGGAUUACAGAGGUGGGAAUAGGGAUUUGGGGGUCUGUGCACUGCAGAGAUGAUUCAUCAGGUGGAAACAGUCCUUUAUCAGAAACAAACUCAAGUAUGCAAACAAUAGAAAACAGGAAUAGAUCUGAAAGAGGCCUGCUGCAGUUUAUUAUUUCCACCUCCUCUUUUAUUGUUGUCAUCUCCAAACUAUUAGAUUUUGACAAAAGAAGAGAAUGUUCUGUGGAAAAAGUAUGAAUCUGAGAGAAAAUGUGGGUCAACGACACGAUUCAGGCCUGUUUGUUAGUCCUGUUUCUAUGCAGUGGCAUUUGCGAGCCUUAAUCAGGAACACAAAGAGCUGGUUCGAACAGAUUUAUGCCAGGGUUACAACCUCAAAUUACGGUAUGUCCCAGACUGGCACCAGAGUUGACACUUCCCUUGUUGACAUUUCUCGGAGUGGCACUGCAUAUCCCCUCUAUCCCCUGCUCAACCCUUUAUUUUAUCCUCUGAUAAAAGCCAGCACUCAGUUUUUCCAUCCCUUUCCGUGUUCAAGGAAAGACUUUAUUAACUUUCAAAACAUGAGCACAGGAAGUUUUGCAGAGGCAGCCACAUUCAGGGAGAGGACAGGGAUGACCCUUGGCUCCCUGCCUGUUUUCCUCUGCUCACAUGGAGAAAUAUCUGCUCUUCACACCACGGUCUCUCGUCGCCUGCUCAGUUUUCCCUGGACAAAAAAACUGAAAAUAAGGUCUGGAUGACGAAGCUUUGGAGAAACUUAAGCUGUUUUCUACGCAGGAUAUGGAUAUUACCAAAGCUAUGAUGAAUUUAAGAACGUAAAGCACUGGGACGUCAUGCUGCAAUGAUGCAUGUGUUAAGUGGUUGAAUAACAGAUAAGUCACGAUUAUGUCUAUCGUAGUAAUUGUCAAAGCGUUGUCAUGGAAAUUAGCCAAACACACUGGCCCUGUUUCUCAUAGUUUCACAGUUUUAGCGUGAGAUCGCUCAUGUUUUUGUGCACCCUUAGUAAGGAGAGAACAUAGGAAGCACAUGCUGCGCAUAUGUCCAGCUCUCCUUUGAAACUUGUUCAGCUUCUGUUAAUUUACUUUGUCACUCCAAAUUUAGUUUUUCUCUUUCUUGUUGUUCUGUGUCCAUUGUUAUAAACACGAAAACACAAGCUCCUCGUAUGUGUGAACCCUCUUUGGCGAUAGAUUCUGAGUCAAGUGGUGUUACUUUCGCAGGCAUUUCCAGGGUCUGCUUGUUCUGCACCUUUAAAUUCUCUUCACUAUGUGUUUCAUAUGGAGCUCUACACGAUGAGAGCCAACGCCCAGGAACAUCUGUUGUUCAGAGGAACCAUAUGUGCAUCGGAUUGACACUUGUGACAGGAUUUGUUUCUUUUUCUUCUGCUUGCUUGUUCAACCAGACAUCCCGCUGUUUGGCCUAGAGUGGGAUAAACCUCAGUGCUUCCCCUCGUCCACAUUAUCCACCGCAGGGUUUCCAGUGUUCAGAGAGUUAUCGCCACACAGCUGCACCUGUUUCCUCUCAUUUUCGCUCCCCUGCUCUCUUGUUUACUUGUCCCGUUAUAUCUCCAGCGUUCUUUGUCCCACAUUAUCCUGCUCUCUGUUUUUCAUUCGCCAUCUCUCAAUUAUUCGAUAACUUGUUUUGCAGGUGGUAUUAAUCCACUUUGCAUUUGCUGGUCUUUGUUUGAUCAAUCCCCUAGCGAUCAGUCUUUGUCAGUCACUCCUAGGAUCAGUCAUCAAGCUAUAAACAUAUGUCAGUCCUUCUCCUUUUGUGACGUAAACAAGUUAUAAACAGGGAUGCAGGAUGUGGAUUUUAUUGAGCCAAUACUGACAAUCAUUGAUAACCGCCUCCACAUGGCCGAUGGUUGUUUUGAGUUUUGAUAUGCUUUUUGUGUAGUUUUCACACAUCAGAAUGAAAGAGAGGUUGAAAUACUCAACAAUGUUUAACGUUUAAGUCUUCCUGCAGCCACUGGGCCAUCGACCUGAGCAUGCUCACUGAAAGAGUAUGACUAUUAAUGACUUUUUAGGACUUAUACUAAUACUGACAAUUCACAUACAAUGCAGUAAAAGUACAAAAUUUAAAGUUUGAAAUGUUACAAGCUCCUACACUAAACUUUUCUCUGUCACAGAGUUAAAAUUGGGGUUGGUAAUCACGGCAAACUAGCAUGAAUUUGAAUGUAGCAUCUCCUCAGGACUUCAGCUAGCCGCUGCUCCCUCCCCUUGGAGCUCUUCCAAAACAACAGCCCCCCGCUCACAUGCACCAGCGCUGCUGUCUGAUGAUUUAAAACCACAGACUCAAACUUUUGGACUUUAGAUUGGGAAGUCUUUGCCUAGCAGGGACAAAGAAGGUAAAGUUAGAAUCUAACGUUACCUUCUUUUCUGGCUAAAUACUUGAUUUCCUGAAACAAACCCUCAACGUACCCGUAGAGAAAAUGAGCGACCAUGGCAUCACUUUUAAAGCCUGUUCUCACCAUAUAUAUAUAUAUAUAUAUAUAUAUAUAUAUGUUAAUAGCUAAUAGUACUGUAUUUUAAAUAAGCCUUUGACAGGAUAGGUUUGCUAGACGUAUGGGAGGAAGUAUUUUUCUUUUAUUUUGAAAGGGUUGAGAGGUGUGUAUGUUUACCACAAACAACUUUAGAGAAAUUCCAUAUAAAAGCAGGUGCAUUAGCUAGCUUAUUUCACAAGCAGUGCACCAAAAAUUGGCUUUCAGCAUUAAGUUUAUCAGUGUAAGGAGCAGACUAUUCAUUUUUGAGGCGAUGCUGCAGCAGAUGAUGAAAGGCAAAAGACAGGAUUACUGUCAGAAAGUGCUGUUUUAAACAUGGUUUGUAAUCCUCUCUUCAGCUCCAUUAAGGACCUCGGGUCUUUACAAAUGUCUCCACUUCAAGAAUUCAGGAAACAAACACCCAUUUUGGACUGCUUUUUAGCAAAUGGGUUGUUUAGGAGAUCAAAAUCAAGUCUGAUACGCUAGGCAGAGAGGCUGAGGACGAGUCACUGAGAUGACAGUGACCCUUAUCUGCAGCCCUCUGCUGCUCUCUCUGCAGUUCUUCUUUACACGUAAUCACAGAGAGCACAAUUAAUGACAACAUCCUGUAAUUAAUUAGAGUGCAUGCUCCAGUAACAACAGAUCAGCUACGAUUAUUACAGACACGAACGAGGGUGUGUGUGUGUGUGUGUGUGUGUGUGUGUGUGUGUGUGUGUGUGUGUGUGUUCGGAGAUGUGUUGGCCAGGGAGUGUGUAACAGAGAUAACAGGAAACAGGAAAGGUGAGAGUGAGGAGAGUUUGAGGUGACUAAUGUGGCGAUGAGGGAAUAUGAAUCCAAAGUGACACUGCUCAACCUUUCUUACUCCCUCUCUAAGCAGAGUAGCCAAGACCCACAUGUGUUAUCAGUUAUGUUUAUAUAACACCAUUUGAUUAAAAAAAAAAAAUCUGACACUGUUCCGAGAGCUGUAACCAGCAGCUGAUGGAGUUUGUGUUUCAUCCUGUGCAGAGUAUGGAGGCCUCGGUCUGGACUUCAGCUACAGUGUCGCUGUAUCAGAAGAGCUGGGGAACAUCCGCUGUGGAGGUGUCCCCAUGGCGAUCGGUGUACAGACUGACAUGACUACUCCUGCACUGGCCAGGUAACAUGAGUGGAAGCAUGCAGAGGCAUAGUUGCAGUAAAAUCUGCAGGUAUUUGAACCAGUUUGCAGCUACCUUCCCCAAACUCCCCACAGUUUGUUUUGAUGACACAUCUUUAUGUAAAUGUACAUUUAGCCUCUGGCAUGAAUCUCCCUCUUAUUCUGCCUCUUCCUACCAGGAGGACAAUAUCUAGUGGCUGACAGCUCUGCUUUGGUUAUAUUUUUUCCCUUUCACACCAACACUAAAGCCACUUGUGUCAAAGCUGGAGCACAUUUUCAACAACCAUCCUGCAGGCAUGUGUUUCAUUUUCAGGUGAUAAAAAGUCGCUUCUGUUGCUGUUGCCCUGUGAAGCUUGCAGAUGAGUGUAAUGCGUUGGACUUUUGAGUGUAAAAUCAAACAAACCAAACCCUAACACACAGAGAGAAUCGGUUUUGUUCGUGACACUUUGUUCAUCCUUUAGUUACGAGCCCUGGUGUCAUAUCUAAUCUUCAAUGUGUCCCCAUUGGUCAGUAAAGAACAGUUAAGUUUUGGCUGCACUUGUUGAUUGAUUGGAACCAUCAAAAGACUUUAAAGGGAUAAUCCAGUGUAAAAUUAAGUUAGGAUCAAACACCGUAACACUGAGUUAGACACCCCCUUGAGAGAUGAAUGUUGCCGACUGCUUGCUUCUCUAGUUAUACCAACUUUAGUAACGGCCGCACAAUAGCAAUACACAGAGGUCUACGUCUUCAAGCACAAACCUCAACCAAAAAGCCACUCUAUAGCCACAGAUAAUGCUCAGAACAGCACCUAACUUCAUCAACAGUACAUACAGGGUCCCAGUCAUAGUAUAAGCCAUCAAACAUCUUUUUUAGCUUUCCUUUAUUUCUGUAGCAAAGAGACUAAACACAACUCACCCACUCUCUUCCAGCAGCCACUAGUUUGUGGGGGAGCCCUGACGAGUCGAUCACCGAGUGCAGCGGAGUUUCACAGUUCAAGGAAGAACAAUUAUGAUCAUUUCUUCAUGGAAAUGCAAUCAGACCGAGACACUAAGGCAGAAGAACUACCGCGUCUGCGGUGCAAAAUGAUUAUUAUGAUGAUUAUCACUUCAAGGAAAUGAUCUGCUGCACUCAGUGAUCGACUCGUAUUGCUAUCCUGAGGUCGUUACUAAAGUUGGUGUAAGAGAAGCAAGCAGUCGGCAACAUUCAUCUCUCGAGGGGGUGUCUAACUCGGUAUUACAGUGUGUUUGGCCCUAGCUUAAAUUUACGCCGGAAUAUCCCUUUAAGUGCGAUAGACAGACAUAACUGUGACAAGCCAACGUCUUGGUGCUGUAAUAAAAUGAUCAAAGUAAUAUCCAAAAACAGCUCCAUACAUCUCCAUCCCCUAAGCACCAUGUACAUAGGGGAGUGCAGCGUUUAUCCUCUGAAGAUAUUCAGAGUCUGAGGUAAUAUCUACAUUUUUGCAAUCUUCCAAAAACCUCAAGUGUUGGCACAUUGAGAGGCACAUGUAAUGUUCACUAUCACAGCAAACCAAAGUGAAAAACGAGGUAUCAAACAUCGCCAAGAGACAAAAAACAAACACUCCCAGCCACCUAAUCAACUCCUUCAGAUUUGGUUCGUGGAUCAUCCUCACCUGCCUGCUGGAGGUUUGGCUUCGAAAAUAUGGAAGUGCAGACUAUUUAGGAAAGUAGCUGCUUUUAAGAACAGAUUGACAACAAACUUGUUAAAGGGUUGUAAUACAGUGAUGCGCCUCAUCCCCCGGACAGAGUUAAAAUGGAGGUGAGACUACUCCGUCUGCAGCAUUUGACCACCCAGCUUCUGUGCUGGUCCUUAGCCCAGUUUCUCUCUGACUGUAAUCCACUCACUAUUACAAGUACCUCAUACAGAAACCAAAACUUCAAAAACAUGAACUCCCCCUUUAAGCAGAGCCGCACUCCCUGAAGGAUGUUUGUCUUAGUAUUUUUGGAGAUUGUUUGUCUCACCCAUGUAGGGCCUUGACUGCUCGUGUGAUGUCCUCCUACUUUGAAACAGCUGCUGGUGACAAGAGACAGACUUGAGUGAAACAGACGGUUGGAAUCUCCGGAGUUUAAUUAGGGGAUCUACUCUAGCCUGCAACGAGUUCUCAGACUCAAACAGCAUCAAAAAAAUGAUUUUGAAAAAAAGAGUCUGAGAAUUGAGGGGAAUACCAAGGGAGCUCUGGGAUAAGAGUGUCCCCCUGUUAUUAUCACAGUGUUGUUUUAAAGCACAGAAACAUUGCUCCGGCUUGAUACAAUCUAACUAUACAAUCAAACACAGAAAGUUCUGGAUCCAACUGUGUUUAGAUAGUUACUGACUGUGUUUGCUUUCAUGCCUCUGUGUGUGUGUUUAUAUGUGUGCAGGUUUGGUUCGGCUGAGCUAAAGGAAGAGUUCCUCCUUCCCUCAAUCAUGGGAGAUAAAGUGGCGUGCCUUGGUGUGAGUGAAGUUGGAGCCGGCUCUGAUGUCUCAAGUGUGUGUCUCCUUCUUCAUCUUCUUGUCAUAUGUUAUCAUAUCAUUUUCCUUUUUGCUCCUGAAGGAACAGAUUGAAUUUGUGAAUGCGAGGAAAAUGAUCAAGGUGCCAGGAAUAUAUCAGUUUUACUCUCACUACAGUACAAAUACCCUGUGGAAAAGGAGGGUGGCAUGUAUUUAUGUGGGUCAAAUCUGUUUGUUUUUACAUCUAGAUUAGUUUGUAAUUACACAAGUUUUAUGAAACUGAAAUGAAACUCUCUUUCCAUGUAACAGCCUGAACUGUGUUUCUUUGAUGCUCUUCUACAAAGAAAAACUUUAUUUAACCCUCUGUCCUGACACUUACCUCCUCAAUUCAAUUCUCCCCUCGCCAUCCGUUUCCACACUCCACUGCGCACUGACUCAGGCAUUGUGACCAAGGCUGUCAGGAAAGGGGACGAGUAUGUCAUCAACGGGGGAAAGAUGUGGACUACCAACGGCAUCCAGGCUGACUGGAUGUGUCUCCUUGCCAACACCAGUGAAGGGGCCCCACACAGGAACAAAUCUCUCAUCUGUCUGCCCAUGAACCUGCCUGGUACGAGUCCACCAUUGAGAUAGCAUAGUAUCAGCACUUUCAAAACAAAGGCGUUUCUGGGAGAUUAGAAAUGGAGCCAGAAUAUGAGAUAUUGUGUUUUUUCUUUAACGGUUCAUUCAAAUGGCCCUAUGUGAUUUCUAUGAGGUUAUUUCCCUGGGAGUGAUUCAAGAUGACGUUUAUUUUGUUUCCAUCAGGAGUGCAUAUCGCCCGCAAGAUUGAGAAACUGGGCAUGUGGUCCUCAGACACAGCCCAAGUGUUCUUCGAUGACGUUCGUGUUCCCUGCAAGAACCUCAUCGGCCAGGAAGGCAUGGGCUUCACCUAUCAGAUGCUGCAGUUCCAGGAGGAGAGGCUCUGGGCUGUGGCCAACAGUGAGUUCGCUUUCCUCUCAGCCCCAAAGAUCGCUCCCUCUUGGAUAUCCGUUCUGAAAGAGUUCACUGUGAAUUCAAUAGUUUGUAAUAUUACAGAACCAUUUCCGUGUCAGUCUCCAAAAAUUAGGGAGUUCAGGUCACAAGUGAAAGCUAUUAAUCUUCUCCAAAGGAGCUGUUUGUUUUUUUUUUCAUUUUGAGUAAUGAGCAAGAGUCAAAGUUUUCUCGGAGAGCUUCACUAUGUCCAAGUGAAACUGCUCAUAGUUUUACUGAAUGUGACGCUGAUGCAUUAAUCUGCCUGAACUAGUUCACUGUGCACCACGUAGUGAAUCGGAGACACACACAGGAAGCUUUAAAAGCAUUUAUACAGACCUUACUGCUAUUAAAAAGACAAGAAAGGUGACAGCUCGCAUGAUCUCAACCUCAAAACUAUUACUGCAGAUGGAAGCAGAGUCACUGUCUGUGCCUUCCCCUCUCUGUAUGUCUCUAGUCAUAACCAUGAUGGACAACGUCAUCCAGGAAACCAUCCAGUACACACGGGAGAGGAAGAUCUUCAAGCAGCCCGUCCUCUACCACCAGGCGGUUCACUUCAGGUUGGCAGAGCUGCAGACGGAGCUUGAACUGCUGCGCUCUCUCCUCUACCGUGCCACAGGUGGGUUUACUUUGCACAGAGGAGUGAUGAAACAGAUGGUGCAAUCUCAGCUAUCUGUAAUACCCAUCACUACCCAGAGUCAUUUUCUUCCCGGAUGUAAUGGGCGCAUUUAUCAGGAAUGUGAUCAACAGAGGGCAAAAACGCCAGAAAAUAAGGAGUUUGUGUGUGACCUACGAGUGAAACACCCCAACCUCCAUUUGUUGGGUAAAUAACAGGAAACAGUUGGCCCGCUAAGGUUAGAUGACCUCCACUGCCUCGCACCAGGAACAUCUGUAAAGUGGGAUCAGGGGGUCCUGACACCAGUUCACAUCAAGAAAUGGAGGAGAAGUUUGUUCCUCAGAAUUCAAUCACAUCCUCUUCAUUUCAGCAGUUUUUUGUUUUAUUUUUAUUUUUUUAACAUAAUGUUUAAUUUUAUUUUCAUGUGCCAGAGAGUAUAAUACUUCAUUUUCUGAUUAAACAUCAAUCAUACAAACACAUACACAUAAAUUCAGGAUGAAGCAGAAAAAAAAGAAAGGGAAAGAAAAGUAAGUAAAUAAGUGCAUACAUAAAUAACAAAGUGUACAGUAGUGUGGCAGGCUUGUUGGUCUCCUCAAUAACAAACCAUAUUCAUACAAUUUUUUCUUUCAAUUUUCUUGUUCUUAUCUCUGUCUGCGAGAAAGAGUAACAACAAACAAAAUAUUUAUGGUAAUAAGAAUCGUAACACCAGUUAAUUUGGCCUCUGAUAGUGAGAUAAAAAAAACAGAGGAAGAAGAAGACGAGAGAAAAAAGGGAAACAAAAUUAUACAUGCACAUGCGUACAAAAAAAUAGUUUUUGUUGUUUUAUUUGUCAAGUGUAACUGCAGCUUUUGAGUAAAUUACAGUAAAUUAGUGGAGCUGCAUAUCAUGGUAACUAUAGUAACCGACUGUAUCCAACCUGAGCGUAGUCUGUAAAGAAAGACAGGAAAGCUGCAACGCUGCUGCGUACACCUGCGAUUGUGAAAAGAAAUAUGUAGCAAAAUCUUGAUUAUAUAAGAUUAUAUAGAUUAUUCAUUUGUUUCUCUGUAAAGAAAUAAUAACGGAUGAUCAAACCUCAGCUGACAGCUGCCUGAAAUAUACAGAACCCAUAAAACUGCACUGAUACUCUCACCCAUUUACACAUCUACACAUGAUGUUACCUGCUGGCCAACAGACCCCCAGACUCUGUCGUACAUCCACAGCACAGCAAAUGAACACAAUCAGCUGUGUGUCCUUUUAAAAUGACACUAACUAUCGUCCGCGCAGAUAAUCCAAGUCUCAAACGCCAUUUUUGGGGGUGUUGCGAAUGCAAUCACUGCUCCAUUUAUGUUGGAAAGUUACAGCCGAUGAAUUCACGCUGCUGACUCGUAAAACUUUAUACAAGAGAUAAGACUAAGGCCUCGCUAACAAAGGCCCUGGCUGACUCACCUCUGCAAGAAUGGAGUGAAUGCCAAACAAGCCUUGAGUGAGUACUUGUUCAUGUGUGAUGCAGCUGCUUGAUUUGAAAGACACAGGUAAUGAUGUAGCCUUAAGCUUACAGAGAAUGAAGGUUGCGUCUGGUUAGAGACAGAACAUUGAUGUGAGCUUUCCAUUCAAUAGCGCUUGUUAAUACAUUGAUAAUAGGAAAUAUAGAGGAAUUUCAAACAUAUGAUUUUACCCCAACUCUACAAAGCCUGACCCUCCGUUUGGUUUGGAUUGAAAAGUUUCAUUCUUGUUGGUCUGAAUCCCUCUGAAAAUGUAACUGGAAAAUAUUGACUUUGUAGACAAUUUGAACUGUAAGAAUAACUACGUGAUCCAAAGAAGCGACUUUUCAUCAUACACUUCAAUAAAAGUCUACAACACGCAGACAAGAGGAAUCAGACGUCUAGAUAUGACUCAUGGCAAACCUGUCGAUAAACCUCUGUUGUUUUUGCGUGUUGUGGCAUGACUUCAAAUCCUUCAGCCUUGGCUACCUGAAAAACUGGCACACGCCCAGCUCAUCCAAGAGAAAACCCUGCAACGCUGCAGUGUUUUCAAACAAAUACGUGGAAGCAUCUGUCGGGCAGGGGUCCAAGGUUUUGCGGUUUUCUCGUUAUGUUUACAACACUUGCAGCGUUAAAUGAAAUCAUCUGGCUGGUACUGGUUCAAGCCGGAUUUGCUUGCCCAGAAACAGAUCAAAGCUGGUGCAUGUGUUUGGCACAGGUAGAUCCACACACACAGUCACACAGGCGGACUUCUUUACACACUGAAACAGGAAAACCAUGCAGCCCACACAUGUUCCUGUGGAGGAAACCUACCAAAGAGGCAUUGAUGUGUUUCAAAGGGAAAAGGACUAGCUGGGAUAAAACAGAACAGGCGACCAUAAAACUGAACAUUAAUUUAACUGUCUUUGUGUCUCUGUUUUUAUACUUUUUGUCUACAUGGACAUUUAUCUGUCUUACAAUGUCUUCUCUCUGCAGCAUUAUACAUCAAAGGAAAUGAUGUGACCAAGCUGGCGUCCAUGGCUAAACUGAAGGCAGGCCGCCUGGCGAGGGAGCUCAGCGAUAGCUGCCUGCAGUUUUGGGGGGGAAUGGGCUUCACCAGCGACGUGCUCGUCAGCAGGUUCUACAGGUGAGACUAGCUAGUAAACUGAACUGUCUGUUCAUGUCCCUGAAGAGCAGUUAGAAACCAUUUAGAAAUUGUUCAUAUAGGAUAACCAUACAUCCUCUUUUACCUGGACAUGCCCUCUUUAUAUGGGUCUGUCCAGCCUUGUCCGAGGGAGUUAAUAAAAUCCUUCAAAUGUCCGGGGUUUUGUAUGCAAGUUUUGAGUUUGUGUAGUGUGGACUAAGUGAGUUAAAAGCACAUAAGGAAAACAUUCAACCCACCCAAAAGCCCUCAAAAUCUAUUAUACGUGACUUCGCCCCACGUAGCAGUGUCCUUUUUGGGGGGGAUUCAGAAUAUGGUCACCCUAGUUCAUAACAAUUAGGACCAUGAUUUUAAUGGUCAUCUCUUUGAUGCACUUUCUCACUUUCUAUCCAAAAAGAGCCUAAAUAUAAACCAGCAAAAUCAUGACACUGCACCGGACGACGCACCAUCUUUUGUUUUAUAGCUGCAAUUAUGUGCACUUACGUCAGGGUUAACCAUUUCUAUGGUUACGACAACAACCCCUCUGUUUGGCAGGGGCUUUGUGGUCAGUAUAUUUUACAUGGACCUCAAACAUGAUUCCUCUAUAAUUAAAGUUUGUGUCAGAAUGAGUGAUGGCUCGCUCAUAAACGUAUUAUGUGAUCAGGUAUUAAUUCUUGAAAACAUGUGAUUAGACUCAGUCUCCUGUUGGGUUUGUUGGGCUUAGAGUUUCAUGUUUAUGCCCUGUGUAACCGAGAAGCACAAAGAAACAGUCAGCGGCUCUGCACCCGUAUUUUACACUGUGCUGACAUCUACUGGCAGGGCAGAUAAUGCACCUGAUUAACUUAAAUGCACUGUGAUACUUUCAGUGAGCAAAACAUUCAAGUGCAGCCUAGGGAAUUAUAACGUCGCUAAAAAGCUCAUUUUUCCCAUAAAUAGAAUUAAAAAAGUGAAACUUCCAUCUAUUUGAGAUAGAAAUGGAAAUAUUUGAGGACUAUUUUAUGUUUGAAUCUUGAUGAUUACAGCUCAGGAAAAUUGAAAACCUUUCUGCACAAAUCACUAUCAGUGUGACUUGGUGUGUAGGUGAUCAGUCUGUGUCUCAGUUGGGGUGUUAUGAAGCCUAGGUUGCUUUGAGAGCUCCUUCAGCUCCUCUGUAUUGUUGCUCUGGUGUCUCUCAUCUUCCUCUUAAUGACACCCCGGAGAUCCUCUAUGGGGUUCAGAUCAGCCGAGUUGGCUGGACCAUCAAGCACAGUUGGGCUGUGUUGACUCUGGACUUGAUAAAACACAUUAGAUUAGACUAACAGCAGCAGAUGACAUGGCACUCCAAAUCAUCACAGACUGUGGAAACUUUGCUCUUUGGACUCUGCUAACGGGAACCUCUGGUAUCCAAAUGAGAUUGUUAAAUUAUCUUUCAUCUGAAAACAUGACGUUGGACCAUCAAGCAAUAGUUCAGUUCUUUUGAGAUUGCAGAUUUUUGGUUAUUGUGAGCUAAGCUGUAAUCAUCAAGAUUCAAACCACAAAGAUCUGAAAUAUUUCACUUUGUGUGUGAUGAAUUUGAGAUAUGUGGAAGUUUAACUUUUUAAAUUAAAUUACGGAGAAAAAUCAACCUUUUCAGGAUGUUUCUAAUUUUCUGAGCUGCACCUGUAUAUUGUGAAUAUCUUAAUGAAUGAGAUAAGUUUGGUGUAAAUCUAGGAACUUACCCCAAUAAAAACUCACUACUUUGUAUCAUGUGUUGUUCCCACAGAGAUUCCAGGUUGUUGUCAAUUGGUGGAGGUGCUGAUGAGGUCAUGCUGGGGAUUAUCGCCAAGUACAUGGACACUCUACCAAGGAAGUGACGUCCUCAACACAACUAAUGAAGUGCUAAUUAUUCACCACACACCUGAAGUGCAGUUCUGAUAUGUUUGGACUCUUACAUAUAUAAACAUCAGAGGAGGGUGUUAGAUUCUGCAUUUUGCCUUGGACUGUUUUAAUGAAAAUGUUUGUAAUUUCAGAGAAACGCUGAUCUGCUCAGAGCAAAGACUGAUGAAUUUAAUUUUUGUUGUCUGUUUUGAAACUGUAAAUAGUCUUUAGACUCAUUUUCAUGUGAUGAUGCAAAUUGUGGGUUAAGUGUCAAUGAAAUCUUCAACCUAUUUUAAAUAAAGACUAAAUAUGUUCAAAAUAUACUGUAGAUUGCAAUAAAGAUCUUAGAAAAUCUAA